GGCGCGCGUCGGUGACGUCACAGGGGCGCCAACCUCGAGUUUGGGGCAGCGACUCCAGCUAAAAGUAGGAGCGUGUUGGUAUCAAUGUAGCAUACCGCGCGACUUCAGACACAGGAAACCUCUCCGCCACAAACUUUGGCGAGAGGCUUGGUAGUCGAGGCUGCUGAAGAAAGUAGAGGGAGGUAAAGAGGGAGCGACGCUGAAGGAGACGUCAGAAAAGCGCACCGGAAGCGGUCCGAGAAUGAAGAGUGUGAUCUACAAUGCCUUUUCUCAGAAAGAGGCGAAAGAGUUCGAUGUUCAGCACACGGGCGCCCAGCGGGCCGAGGCCUUCGUGAGGGCCUUCCUGAAACGGAGCAUGCCCCACAUGAGCCAGCAAGUCCGGGAGGACCUCCUGCAACGCAAGGCCGUCGUUCUGGAGUACUUCACUCACCGGAAGCAAAAGGAAAAGAAAAAGAAAUCCAGAGGCCUCUCUGCCAAGCAGAGGAGGGAGCUGCGGCUCUUUGACAUUAAACCAGAACAGCAGAGGUACAGUCUUUUUCUCCCUCUGCACGAACUCUGGAAACAGUACAUUCGGGAUCUGUGCAAUGGACUCAAACCAGACACGCAGCCGCAGAUGAUUCAGGCUAAACUUCUGAAGGCAGAUCUUCACGGCGCUAUUGUUUCAGUUACAAAAUCCAAAUGCCCCUCCUAUGUGGGGGUUACAGGCAUCCUUCUACAGGAAACAAAGCACGUUUUCAAAAUUAUCACCAAAGAAGACCGCCUGAAAGUCAUCCCCAAGCUGAACUGUGUGUUCACUGUGGAGAUCGACGGCUUUAUUUCCUACAUUUAUGGGAGCAAAUUCCAGCUGCGGUCGAGCGAGCGGUCUGCGAAGAAGUUCAAAGCCAAGGGAACAAUUGACCUGUGAGCUCUUGCUGCCUAAGGGGAUUGUUUAUGGCAGCUGAAAACUGGAAACCCUAAAUACCCUCCUUUCUGGGAAGAGGUGGUCAGGCCAGUUCUGGUUCUAGACCACCUCAGCCGGUUUCAGUCAGAGCUAAGGACAUUUCAUCAUCUGGCCAGAAGUAUAGUGUCCUGAGCGCCGAAGGCAGGGACAAGCGGUGUGGUCUUUUGGGGUGCUUUGUAGGUCUUUCUAGGUGCUCUUGUUUUUGUAUUACGCCCGUGGGGAGAGGAGAUUGGCAGAACACACCAGGAUUGAUAACAGGUUGACUUGAAUAGUGGGACUGUUUGGUUUUCAUUGCUUUUUCCUACUUUUCUGUGUUUUCGGUAUGUUCUGUGAUGAAUCGCUUGUUUACCUGAUAACAAACAUGCACGUAGCCAUGGACAGGAGCGCCUCCUGCAGCACAGCCAGGAGGGAAGGGGAGGCCCGAGGCUGCCCCUGGAUUGCGCCUUUACUUUUUGCUCUGUGGAAGCCGCCCUCAAGCAUCGCCUCUCCCAAGUUCACUGGUGCCCUGGCAUCUUUGGCACAUCACUUUAAACCAUGCCCACUAUCAAGGUCUUGGAUCUGAGAUUUACUUUGCUAAUUCAAGAAAACUGAAGAGGAAUGAGUGGUGAAGUUGCUGAAUGACUCAGGAGCCAGUCGUUCGGGGGUCGGAACUGGGCUGGGCAGAGGGUCGGGCCGAGGUGUGCUUGUUAAUGCUUGUUCCCCUAGAGGGCGCUUCAGCCUGCAGAGCGUCCUCAUUCCUGAGUCUCUUAGGCUCCAGAGGAAGGUAGGCUGAAGGGGAAAUAAGACUGCAGCUCUUCCCAAGGUCUAACCUACUGAGAUGCCUGAGUCCCCAGCGGUGGCACCUUUGUUGCCAUCUUAGGUCCAUUUUUGCUGCUGGGGGGGAGGGCCCUGGCUCCCUCUGACCCUAGCCCUGUGGGCAGCGUGCCCUGGGCCAGGAGGUGGGUCCCUUCCAUGCAGGGCCUGUGCACAAGCCUGCUGAGUGAGAAUAGUGUGGGGACCAGCCUUCCAGGGUCUGGUAUCAGGAAACCACGUGGCUCAGAAGAUCCUGUCCCCUCUUUGCUCUGAGGAGCGUGUGCUGCUGGCCCACACAGUGAGGGCAGAAGCGGUCCUGGCGGCAAAUUCAUGUGCUUUUCCUUCCGCACCAAGAGGACAGCGAUGCCAGAGGCCUCGCUCUCAGCACUCCACACUCAGACUCCACACUGGACGAGAACUGCCGUGGUGGAGGGGGACGUGCCAACCCUGACCGCGUUAUAGCAGGGGGCUGAGGAGGCCUAGCUGUGCCUCUGCGCCCCCUGAAGGGUGGGCACAGACACUGGUCUCCCACAGACCCUGCUCUGUCUGCAUGUGGUGUCCCUCACUUUCCUGGAGGGUGCUUCCCCAGUCUGACCGUUGCUCCCUGUGGUUCAGAGCACAAGUCCCAGGGGCACCAUCUCACGCAGGACACCCUGACCCAGCGACAGCCCUCAAUGUGGCCACAAGGAGAUGCAGACUCAGAAUCCUCCCUUGCCCAGCGCCUUACUGCCUGAGCGGGAGAGCUGGGAUUUGAACCCCAUAGUCUAGCUUCAGAGCCACACUUUUGAUGGUGCGGGGGGUGGCCCCAAGGAUGGCAAGAUACAUCCAGAGUGCACAAUGUGGUCCCUUUGUUCCCUGGGCUUCCCCGAGGGAGCCUCUGUCUUCUGUGUGAAACGGCUCUGCUCCCCUGGCUCUCUCAGAGUGCCACACUGGUAACAGUGUUGUGCUGUGACUUCCUAACCCCGCUCUCUCCGCCUCCUCUGCCAUGUAAAAGGCGGCUAAUGUUGUGUAAAUACAGAGUUGCUUUCC